ACGAAAAGUUAGAAUUAAACCAUUUUCAGCCACCGAGAUUGUAAAAGUUAAGUUGUUAAUAGUGCUUAUUGUUCAAUUUAUUCGGCAUGGCACGAUACGUUGGGCUGGACAAAUUGGGCAAACUGUUCGGGUACAUUCGUGAUAACGGUGGAAUCCGUGCCAGUUUGUACAAAUUGUACAGAAUGGAUGAAAUGAAGACCGGACGGCAAGUAGGCCAGGACAAGUACGGAAACAAGUACUUUGAAGAUCCGUCUCAGUUUUAUGGCCGCAAUCGAUGGGUUGAAUUUGCGCCCCAUUUUAAUAUGGAAUAUGACGCUUCUCAAAUUCCUGCCGACUGGUACGGCUGGAUGCAUUACAAGACUGAUCUACCGCCAAACCGUGAUGGAUCACGUGCUCAUUAUCCAUGGAUGGAGGAUCAUAGUGCGAACCUUUCUGGAACCAAAAAUGCGUAUAUGCCGUUUUCCACGACGAGACCCAAAGUUGAAGCGUGGGACCCGAAAAAACCAGCUGCUAAACUCGACUAAAAUUGGAAUUUUUAAAAACUGAGGAAAGUACAGUUUCUUAGAAACGUUGAUUAAUUGUGUAAAUCAAGCUUUUUCAUUUUUAUUGUGAAGAUAAU